GGCAAAGGGAGACGUGCCAGAAUCCUGGCUCACAGUAUGAUGUGUGUGUUUAGUUUUGUGUUUAUAUUUGUUGUUCAGGAGUUCUGACAUGCUGGCUGCAGACGAAUUCUUAAGAUCACCACCGAGGAAGACAGUCAGGUUUGGUGGGUCUUUGGAGGAGAUCUUGCUGAAAUAUCAAAAGGGUGAAACGAGUGACUUUAAUUUGUUGAAGCAUCAGCUACUGGAUCCCGACAUAAAAGAUGACCAGAUUAUUAACUGUCUGCAUGAAUUCCGGUCAUCUGUGACAUAUUUGACCAAGGAUUUUGAACAGCUAGUCAACAUUUUGCUGAAGGUGUCAUGGCUAAGAAAAAGCCAAGCAGUAGUGGAAGAGUAUUUGGCUUUCCUGAGCAAUUUAGUGUCUGCGCAAACCAUUUACUUGAGGCCAUGUCUUGCGAUGAUUGUCUCACACUUCAUACCACCUCGGAUAACCAUACGAGAAAAUAAUGUGGAGAUUUCUGAUUCAGAUGAUGAUGAAAAUGUCCCUGAAAGUUUCAACACCUGCCACAGAGCAUUACAGACAAUAGUAAAAUAUGUCCCAUUGUAAGUACCAAAUUUUGUACUGGGUAUUUCCCAUGUUAUAUGUGUGUCCUUUCCCACCUGUUUAUAAGUUCAAACUAAACAAUGCUACGUCCACAACAUGCUGCGAAUUAGUGCGUACAUCCCAACCCUGAGGCGUGACGUUUUGGAGCUGGUUAUUGAGAGGCUGUUAAAGAUUGAUGUGAGUGCCCCAAGAAAAGAAAUUGAAGCUGCUGAAGAGAUGGAGAGUGAGGAGACUGCUGAGGAAGGACUCUUUGACCUGGAUGAAGACAGAGAAAACCCAGGAAAGAAUGAUACAAUGGUUCAUCCAAUUGCAGAACGCCUAGAUAUCUUGAUGAUCGUAUUGUUUUCAUAUAUUAAGGACAUCUGUCACAUUAAUGGGAAGCUUGAUAUUGCCAGUACCAAGGAUUUGUACCGUGAUCUGGUGGCUGUAUUUGAUAAGCUGAUUUUACCAACUCAUGGAUCAUGUCAUGUACAAUACAUCAUGUUCUAUCUGUGUAGCUUCAAACUGGCAAUCGCAGAAGCCUUUGUGGAGCACCUCUGGAAAAAGCUGCAGGAUCCAAAUACCCCUGCUGUGAUCAGGCAGGCUGCGGCCAAUUACACUGGCAGCUUUUUGGCACGGGCAAAGUUUAUUCCAGUUGUGUAA